AUGAACGCCCUCAAACGCUUUGACCACUAUGUGUCCGUGCGAGACAGUACUGAGAAUGAAGAUGAUUUGCUUAGAGCCAACCGCGAUCUGAAACCAACUCCUCCACAGGAGAGAACCUGGAGGACGUACAAUUACAUCGUGGUUUGGUUCCAGUCAGCGUUUGGGGUUAGUUCGUGGAAUACAGGAUCUUCACUUAUGAAAGCCACAGGGCUUCCAUAUAAACAGGUUAUCGGGGGUGCUAUCUUAACUACCUUCUUCUGCUGUCUCUUAGUGGUCGUGUCUGCACGUUCGGGAGCCGACUACCAUAUUGGGUACCCUGCGGUUGCAAGGGCAGUCUUUGGUGUCCGGCUUGGCAGCUUCUUUGUGUUUGUGCGUAUGUUUGUGGCAGCCUUAUGGUUCGGUGUCCAAACUUAUUAUGGCUCUAGAUGUUUCGAUAUUGCUCUGCGCUGCAUGUUUGGCCAUAAAUGGACAGAUAUUCCAAACCAUAUCCCUGAUAGUGCUGGAAUUACGACGCGGCUCAUGGUUGCCUUUUUGCUUUAUUGGAUGGCACAGUUUCCGUUAAUGUUUUUGCAUCCAAGACAGAUCCGCUGGUUUUUCACUGUCAAGGGCAUCAUCAUGCCCAUUGCGGCCUUUGGUUUGUUUAUCUUCUGUAUGAUCAAGGGUGGUGGGCCUGGAGACUACGACAUUGGUGUCAAGGUGGAAAAGGUUUCCACUACGGGUAACCAAUGGAUUCAUAUGAUCAACUCCAUCAUUGGAUCGGUGUCUGCAAUGAUCAUUAACCAGCCAGAUAUUGCUCGGUAUGCAAAGAAAAAACACAGUGCCACCUGGCCCCAAUCGAUUGGCUAUAUCCCUUCAACCCUUGCAAUUUUGCUGAUUGGUAUGGCUUCAAAUGCUUCCAUCCGCAGAGCAUAUGGAGAAUCGUACUGGAGCAUGUGGGACCUGAUGACUGCCAUUCUUGAAAAUGAGUGGGGCCCAGGCACGCGAUGUGCCGUGUUUCUGUGUUCUUUAUCAUUUGCUGUUGGUGCGGCGGGUACAAAUAUAUUUGGCAACUCUAUUCCGUUUGCUGCUGACCUGUGUGGUCUGCUCCCAAAAUAUUUCACUAUUGUUCGCGGCCAGAUUUUUCUGGGGCUUCUGGCAUGGGCAAUGGUCCCAUGGAAAAUGAUCAACUCUGCAGCAACACUAGUUUCGUUUCUUGGUUCAUACUCCAUCUUUGUGGCUCCUUUACUUGGCUGUCUGUUAUCUGACUUCUACAUCAUCCGCAAGGGCAACAUCCACGUUCCCUCGUUGUACACCAAGAAUCCAAAGGGAAUUUAUUAUUUUUAUAAGGGAUGCAACCUUUGGGCUGGAGCCGCUUGGGUCAUUUCCCCCAUUAUCGCCAUUCCUGGUCUAUACAGAUCGUAUCAUGCUGAUGCAUUGACCCAGACAGCCUCAGACAUUUUCUACGGUGGCUGGCUAUACACUUUCAUCAUUGGUUUUGUUGCCUACACUGCUUUGGGGUUGUACUUCAAGCCAAAAAUAUAUCCUGAUGCGUACAGCGAGACUCCAAAAACUUGGGAGUAUUUGGUCGACACCAACGGGUUUUUUGAGGAUGAUGAGCCAAUCAACGGCGUGGGCUACCCUGGAACAGUGAUUGAAGAGGAGAAAGACGUUGCGUCUGGAAGCUACGAGCACAAAAGCGACGACAUACAGGUUGUCAUGAGUGCAAGAUCCGUGGGUCAGAUGUAA